UGACGUACUUCCGCCCUACCAUUGCCAUUCAAUUUCACGAUAUCAGCCGCGCAAGGCUGCGGUGGUUACUUUGAGGAGAAGCACCGCAACAACACAACAUGAUCCACGACAAUGCCGUCAUUACCCACGGUAGAUGAUCGUUGGCUUUGGCUCGGUCUAGGAGUCUUCACCUUCGCAGCAGUCCACGCCGUAUCCCACUGCCUCUCCACCAUCGUGACCCUAACCGAAGUCACGCGCCCCUCCUACCUUAAACCCACGAUCCCACCGCCCCGACGAUCCCGCCCCGUGAAGGAAGACGCAAUCAGUACGACCUCGCUGCAGAUCCUCGCGACCUGCGACAACGUCGACAUCCGCAAGUCCGCCACGAAGAUCCUAUGCGAGCGCUUCGCAGCCGGCCAGGGCUCCGAGAGGCGACUGCGCCGGGACCUGUGCAGCCUGAAUCCCCUCGUAAAGAGGAGGGCGAAACUCGCGAUCAAGCUGCUGAGGCAGCAUAGAGUGACGGACGUAGGUGGACUCAAUAUCGAGCCUCCGCCGGUGCGACUGCCGCCGGUGCCACCACCACGUUUCCUGGUGUUGCCGACUGGAACCAUCACGAUGACGCUUAAUGGGGCUACCUGGACGAUCGGGAGACAGAGUGCGCAUAGGGAGCCUAGGGUGCCUUGGUCGACCCGCAUGCAACAACGUCACAGAGGCCAGGACGCUACGCAGCAAGAACGCGCGCUGAGGCGCCGCAGGAGAGAGGCGAUGGUGAUCAACGAGGGGGACCGUCCCGUUUCGCAGGGGGACGUGUGGAUGCGCGACGAUGCCGGGCUGAUGCGUAGGGAGGGCGUGCAAAGGCGGCUCACGUUGCCUGCUGUGAAUUCGCGGGGGCGAAUUACCUCGAAUUGGUCUACCGCGAGGGUGCGUCGUGCGGCGGAUCGUGCGGCGAAUCGUAUAGUGGAUCGUCGUGCGGCCGAUCGUACAGCGGAUCGUACAGCGGAUCGUACAGCGGAGCGUCGUGCGGCGAAUCGACGUACACUGCGUCGUAGACCGCGUAGAGAGGCAGCUGAGACGGAAGUGACCGCCAACUCGGGAUUGUUGCCGAGCGAGAUAAUGCGCCAGCGAGAGAGGGAGGAUACUCCCUCGCCUGAGUCCUCUACUCCUAAUGUCUGAGAUCCCUGUAUCACCGCUCGUAAUCACGAGACAGAAUCAACACUUCGUAAUAAGAAAGCGAGAAACACGAAUCUACACAGGUCUAAAGGGCGGUCAUCACAAGGAAUUGUAACCUCACCCGCCUACUCCGAAACCAGAUAUGCCAUCAACUCGAGUAGAGCCAUUAGUCCUCUCCCUUAUCUCUUAAGGAGACACAGAUAAUGAAUUACGAAACACGAAAUCACAAGAGAACACACCAUUCACUCAAUCCACUCCCCCGUAGAGAGAAGGUAGGACCAGUACAGUCCAACGAAAACAAAGCGAAGGGCAUUGGACGAGCAAGGUUUCAAGCCCCCCUUUCUCAGGAGAUUAUAAACACUAGCAAAGAAACCUAAACCUCUAUUGUAAUAUUCACGAUAUCGAAUCAGCGGAAUGAAACGAACGAAUCAUUUAUCAUUUCAAACACAG